AAAUAUCAAACUAUGACGAAUUGUGAUAUGCAUAAAAGAAAUAUACAACUCUAUGAAGAACCAACUACUUACAAAUACGAUUAUGUACAUUAUCCACUGAAUUUAACAAAGAAAAUUCCUGUAGUAGCAGAUGAUUUAAAUUCAUCAAAGGAUGCAAAAUGUUCAGACUCAUUAAAACGGACAUUUACAGCUCAUGAUACUUUUCAACGUUUGAGUUAUGAUAAACGAAUACCAUUUAAUACUCUUUGGCAAUCGAAAGAUGCAAUAACAGUUUCUAUAAAGCCAAUAACUCGACACAAAAUUCUUGAAGAUCAUUGGAAUCAUGAAGCGAUAAGAUCUAGACCACGUGUUUAUAUGACUCCAAGUAUAAGUCUCGAUGAUAUACAGAAUUCUGAGACGAGAAAAUUAUUGCUUGAUUUUACAUACAUGACAACAUUUAAUUAUACUAGUAAAGAUGUUUGGGGUGAUUUUAAAUCGAAACAUCCAUGUACUACUGAAAUAAAUAUCGAAGAAAUAUCUAAAGAAAGUACGCAGAAACCAUCAUGUUCUUUAUCAGCACGGUUUCCUAACGAAGCUAAAGAAUGGGAUAAAUUGCAAGAUCGUUCAUUUUUGUUGGAUGAUAUUAAAAAGCUAAAUUCUGUAGAUAGUAACUCGGAAAGUAAAAACUUAGAAAUAGAACAAGAAAGUGAAAGAUUGGAAGUGAAACAAUUAUUAGACAAAGAUAAAUUGCGUAUACCUUAUGAUAAAUUACCUUUAACUUAUGGUGGUUAUAGACCAUAUAUAGGUUUAGGUAUUCCUUUAGAAAAAAAGGUAUUAUCGAGUGUUCACCCAGGUUUAUCUGUAUCGCAGGCACUUCAUCAUUGGAGGAGUCUUUGAAUAUCUUCUGGUCUUGGCGAACCAAAGUGUCCUAAAAGUAAUGCAGAUGUGGCCCUGGUAUUAGAAUUUUCAGACCUCGAAUAUCCUCGUACUACAGCAUUUCUGAAAACAAUAAAUAAGUAAAAUGAAUCCCAAGUAACGUAAUAAU